AUGAUCCUUUUUGUUGAUCGGUUAGAAUGCACCAAACUUUUUGGUGGUGAAAUUAAGCAGAAACUUGCUUUGGCUAAACAGUUGAAUCUCCUUCAUCGUCAAGUGGAGGUGUGGUUUCAGAACAGAAGGGCAAGGACAAAGUUGAAGCAAACAGAAGUGGAUUGUGAGUAUUUGAAGAGAUGCUGUGAGACUCUAACAGAAGAGAAUAGAAGGUUACAGAAGGAGCUUCAAGAACUUAGAGCCUUGAAAACUUCUCAACCUUUCUACAUGCAGCUUCCAGCCACCACUCUCACCAUGUGUCCCUCUUGUGAAAGGGUUGCCACAAAUUCCACAACAACGAACCAAACUUCUUCCACUAUCAACAAUAAUGCUUCUCAAAUCCCUGUCGAGUUAUCUCUCAGCAAGCCCAGAAUAUUGCCCUUCCAUAAUAGCCAGGCCCAAGCAACCCAGCCACAAGCCCAAGCUCAAGCCCACCAGAUAGCCUCUUCAUGAGCUUCAUUCAAUAAACAUUUUUUUUGGAUGGUUUUUACAUAUGAUAUAAUAUAUAUAUAAAAUAUAUAUAGUUUGAUAUUAUGGUAUAUCAUAGAGGAUAAAGACAAAGGAUUCACUACCCUUAUUUAUCGUUUUGUAUAUAUUUUAGACUCUUCUAUAUCUUCUUUCAUUCAUCUGUUUUUUCUUCUCUUCGAUUGAAAGAGCUAUGAAUGAUCCUUUUUGUUGAUCGGUUAGAAUGCACCAAACUUUUUGGUGGUGAAAUUGUGAAAUGAAAGGCUUUUUUUUUUCUUUUCAGUCUUUGUCUUGGUUCGUUUAUUUUCCUCUGCCAUGAUGAUGAAGAGCGAACUCCUGAAUGACCUUUCUACCCUUAACGUACCCUACUUGCUAUUAUGUACUUGUAAUUUUGCAGAAGGGCCAUGGAGCUUUU